UCGACAACGGUCUCGACCAGUGCAUGCGGUUAGACAAUACUUGCGCUCGGUUUCGUUAGUAUUGCUACUUCUGCUAGUGCCCGCUGCUUUUGUUUGAAAAUAAAACUUUGUGAGAGACUGAAAAAAUAAAAGAAGUGUAACAGUGCAGAAGGGGCAGGGCGAAAAAUUUUGCCGAAUUUUCGGAAUUGGUGGUGCCACGAGCUUUUGAGACCAUCAGAAAAUUUCAACCGUGCAGCAAAUAUCGCGUGAUUAUACUCCCGCUAUUAUUGGUGUAGGCAGGAAAAUCCGAAAACAUUCGAAAAUGAUCAUGACGUGUGCCGGCUGUGAUCGAGCCAUUUUGGACAAGUUUCUUCUAACUGUUUUAGAUCGUACGUGGCACGCCGAGUGUGUUCGAUGUGCUGAUUGUCGUAAUAUUCUUGCCGAGCGCUGCUUCUCCAGAGACGGAAAACUCUAUUGCAGGACCGACUUCUUCAGGAGAUACGGUACAAAAUGUGGUGGUUGCGGCCAGGGACUGUCACCGACGGAUUUGGUGCGAAAGGCCCGCGAUAAAGUUUACCACCUACGGUGCUUCACGUGCGCUCUAUGUCGGCGACAGCUAUCUACCGGAGAGGAACUUUAUCUUCUUGACGAUGCUCGAUUCCUCUGCAAGGAGGACUUCAUUCGCGGAAAAUCUGCCCCCGAGCUGCUGCUGAAUUCGGCAUCGGAUGACGACGACGACGAGACUCUCUCCAUCUCGCUCUCUAUCGAGAAGGAAGCCAACAACAACAAUCACAACCAUCAUUGUCCUGUUAGUGCACUGAGCAGCAGUGGGGCCAGCAGCUUAACCAUGCCCUCUCCGAACCGACCGCUGACUCCCAUCACGCAGGGCCUAAUCAUACCGCCACCUCCAUCCUCCGAUGGCAUUGUCAUCAAACCUCAGCGGCCUUCUACACCCUCUACCACCAUCGACGACAAGGAUGGCAACGAUUCCGAAGGCUCGGUUGAUGGGGAUGGAGAAGGCGAGAGCCGCAGUGACAACCCGUCCGAAUCCAAAUCUCCGGACGAAGGCGGUGCUGGAUCCAAACGACGUGGUCCCCGUACCACCAUCAAAGCCAAACAGCUGGAGAUCCUCAAGAAUGCAUUCUCUCAGACGCCGAAACCGACGAGGCACAUUCGAGAGCAGCUGGCCAAGGAGACGGGCUUACCUAUGCGAGUCAUCCAGGUGUGGUUCCAGAACAAGCGCUCCAAGGAACGCCGAUUGAAGCAGUUGACUUCCAUGGGUCUGAGGCCGUACUUUGGAGCUUCACGCAAGCUACGAGGUUUCCCGGUAAGCCCGGGUAUGGACGACGGCUCUGGCGUCGUUGGUGGAUUCAACCCUUACUUCGAUCCCAAAUACGCUGCGGAUUUCGCUUAUGGCGGAGCACCUGGAGGCCCUCAUCCACAUUUUGGCCUGCAUUCGCACGGACCGCCUCAUCCACUGCAACAUCAUCCCAACCCUCCAUUUGGUGACUUCUUUGGUGGACCUCAUCCGCCUCCUCCCCCGCCCCCUUCAUCCGCGCAAGGAGUACCUGGAGCACCCCCCGGUGCAGGAGCUCAAGGGCCAGCUGGAAACGCGCCUUUUGGCGGCGGACCUGGAAUGGGUAUGGAUCCAUCCUCGGGAAUGGGUGGAGGUGAAUUCGGACAAAUGGGCGACCCAUCUCAGUAUCUGACUCCGAACGACCUGAUCUCGCAGCGCUCAAGUCCAGACUUCAUGCCUGGAGGUUCGGGUAACUUUGCGGAGCAUCAGCAAAUGAACGAAGGCCUCGUCUGGUGACUUUAGUCAGUUCAUUUGUGGGCGUGAAGGCGUUCGUGUAGGAAUCAAGAAGUAGAAGAGAAACCGUGUCGACUUUCGAUGACACGCUGCGUGCAACAGCGCACACAGAGAGGAGCAGAAAAAAAAAUAAGAUAAAACAAGAGAGUGGAAAAAAUUCUUUUGUCUUUUUUCUAGGCCAUGCUAUACAAUGUUAUAGAUGCGUGUGAUUACAGCAACAUUGCAUUGCGCAAUCAUUAGCGUCAAGUGUAGCCCCCCUUCUUCCUCAUUUGGAUCCAACUUUACGAUGUAUUGUCAUGGGUAGAAGCCCAAGUCUUGAGUGAGCCAGUUUUUUUGAGCAAAAAAGUGAGCGCUGCUGCUGCACUCGUUGAAGGGCAUCUCGAGAGCUAUCCAACCAAGCCGCACGACAAAAAAGAAACCGUUGAACGAAUUACAUAUUGUAGGUGUGUGUUGUUUUUUUUUUUUCCUGUCCCUACUUUUUUUUCUUCUUUUUUUUUCUUCGUUGUUAUUUUUGACCUGUUGGCAGCGUCUGUUUCAGUUGGCGUGUCUUCACUACUGAAACUGAUCUUUUUGAAUAGCGUACAGAGUAAAGGAAUAAAGGCAUAAAAGAAGAAGGGUCGUGGUUAAGUUUCUGUAAGUUUAGUUGGUUGAUAUCAGUUGUUUCUCUUCUGUCUUCGUUUCUACUAUUUUCAACAUUGGAUUAUUUAAUUAAUUUUUUUAAUUUUCAAUUUUUUUUCGCUCUUUGGGUUUUUUAAAAAAUAAUUCUUUCUUGGCGCUGAUAAGCGUUUGUUAUGUACAAGUACGAUGUCUCCUGUGCUAAACCCACACACGUAUACAGUAAAACAAAAAACCCAAACUUCGGUGGAUAAACUGCAACUCCCUCCCCUGUUUUCUCGACGAACGCAACGCGUGAUUGGGUCGAUUCAAGCUGUCGUGACACGUUCGGCGCAUGACAGGGUGCCGAUCAAUCUGACGGGACACAUUUGGAAAUGCAGAUUGACCUACCAGUCGUCAAUCUCUCUCCUUUAAACAUUAUACCUCUUCCUAUCGCACGGUUCUUGUCCCCACCAGUUUUUGCUCUAUUCCUCCCUCUCCCUCCCCCCCCCCUCUCUCUCAAUCCCUCCGUCUCUUUAUUUGGUGUCAAAUGUCGUGCGGUUGAGCCCCCUGAAAACAAAAGAACACAAAACAAGAAAAAAAAAAGGAAGUAGAAACCCGGCUGGCCGUCGAUAUUACUGUACAUAUAGAAAAGUA